CAGCCAAAGAGACUGAUGCAGAAAGGUUGGAGUUAAACCUGGCUGCUUUUCAGUCCAUACAACUGUUUGGACAUGAGCACCAGCCUUCAGGCUGGCAUUUGAGACUAAUAUAGGCGUUCCUGUUUGUCCUUUAGUGGGCCCCACCCCCUCCAAGCUUUAUUGACACACAGUAACCUGAGCAUUGUUAUAAAAACCCAACUGAGCCACGACACCAACACUGCACCUACUAAGUGUGAUUUGGUGGGGUUUUGACAUGCGUACAACCCCUUGAGCCCCUUGCCACUGUUAAGACUGUGUCAGUCCCCUCCAGAGGUUCCCUCUUGAUAUAUUUUAUAUCCAUAUCUCUAGACAACUGUCUGUCACCCUCCUUUCUGUCACUGUAAAUGAGUUUGCUUUUUAAGACGCUUUCUGUAACCAGCCAGGUGUGGUGGUAAAGGCUUGUAUUCCCAGCAGCUGGGCGAUAGAUGCGGGGGACUUAACAGUUCAAGUCCAGCCUCGGAUACAUAGUUUUACAGUUGGACUGGGCUACCUAAGACUGUCCUCAAAGUAAACUAAAUGAAUAUUUGUAUAAAUGGGCUUGUCCUGUUACUCCUGCUCUGGCCUUUGUCACUCACCCAGGCUGUUCUGAAGGUCAGCCAAGAGGUAGACACUGAUAAUUCAUGUACCUUGUACUGCUGAGUAAGAUACACAGAUACACAGGAUCCAUUUCCAUAGUCAGUUGAGUUCCUUCCAGUGGAUAUGUUUUAAUUUUCUUUUCAACAAUUUGUGUGUCUGUGUGAGGAUCCCCUGGAACUAGAGUCACAGACAGUUGUGAGCUGCGGUAUGAGUGCUGGGAAUUGAACCCGGGUCCUUUGGAAAAACAUCCAGUACUCUUAACCAUUGAAUCAUCUCUCCAGCCUGUCUUAAUUUUGUAAACAUUUCUUUGUGUGUGUGUGUGUGUGUGUGCAUGUGUGUAUGUGUGUGUAUAUGUGUGUGUAUGUGUGUGUGUGUGUAUGUGUGUGUAUAUGUGUGUGUAUGUGUGUGUGCAUGUGUGUGUAUGUGUGUAUAUGUGUGUGCAUGUAUAUGUGUGUAUAUGUGUGUGUGUGCAUGUGCAUGUGUGUGUAUGUGUGUGUGUGUGUAUGUAUAUGUGUGUGUAUGUGUGUGUGCAUGUGUGUGUAUGUGUGUGUAUAUGUGUGUGCAUGUGCAUGUAUAUGUGUGUAUAUGUGUGUGUGUGCAUGUGCAUGUGUGUGUGUAUGUGUGUGUGUAUAUGUGUGUGUAUGUGUGUGCAUGUGUGUGUAUGUGUGUGUAUAUGUGUGUGUAUGUGUGUGUGCAUGUGUAUGUGUAUGUGUGCAUGUGCGUGUGUGUGUGUGUGUGUGUGUGCGCGCGCGCAUGCACAGGUGCAUGUACCUGUGCUCGUAUGGAGGCCGGAGGAGGAGGAGCUGGAAUGGCUUGGAGUUACAGGCUCCUUCAUGAGGGAGCUGAGCUCCAGACCCACCCUGUCCCUCAGGAUUGCGCCAGCAAGUGCUCUCGGCUGCUGAGCUGUCUCAGGCCCCCACAGCUAAUGUCUUGGAGGCCACAGUUUGCCAGCAUGAUGUUCCAUUCUACAUCCUGCCACUAUAAGAGCUGCAGCCCUUCCCUGCCUUCAGCCCUUGGUGUGGGCAGACCUGAGCCACUAUUCAGAGGGAAAGGAAAAUAAGUUCAUUGUGACUUGUGCAUUUCCCACAGAUAGACAAUUAGAAUAUUAACAUGGGUCACUGUAAAUUUAUUCAAUUCCAUAGACAUAAAACACAAAGACAGUUGGAAGAGCCUUCCUUGUUGUAUAUGGUAGCAAAUAAUUGGAAGUAUCUCCCAGCAGUCAGGGAGCGCCUCCAAGUAAGUCACGAUGUGGACAGUAAAGUGACCCAUGUGCCCCUCAGUUGACGGAGGCCUGUGGCCUCACAGGAGGUUGUACUCGCGGUAAAAUGAAGGGACAGAAAAACAAAGUGGCACUUUCUACAAAGCUCUCUCAGUCCUGCAUGUAUGUGCACACAUGUGCAUGCACGCAUGUGUGCAUGGACCUGCAGGCACCUGCAAGAGCUGGUUAGAUCUCUUGGAACUGAUGCUCCUAGCAGUUAUGAGCGGCCCAACUCGGAUUCUGGGAACAGAACUCAGGCCCUCUGUAAGAACAGAACCAGCUCUUAGCUGCUGGGCAGCUCUCCAGCCCCAGCACAUUCGGUAAGGUUUAAUGGCACUCGUGCCCUCCACUUACAUCUUCCAGGCACACUGGCUGAGCAAGUGGCCCAACAAGCCUCUCCUGUGGGAGACCAGGCAGGUGCUGUCAUUAGGCAGGACCCCAUCACACAGUGGCUCUAGUGCAGGGCCUCUGGCGUUUCUCGAAGUCUCGCCCCUGCACCCCCUCUGUUGUUUGUCUCAUUAGGAAUCUGUUCCUUUGUAACUGUGUCUCAUUUCAUCAGCUGAUCAAUACGUGAAGUGUUGGGCUGGAGAGAUGGCUCAGCAGUUAAGAGUACGCAGUGUUCGUGCUUCAGAGGACGAAAGUUCAGUUCCCAGCACCUACGCCAGGCAGCUCAUAACCAGCAGCUCCAACUCCAGGGGAUCCAGUGUCUCGGGGCUUUGCAGACACCUAUAAUCACGUGUGUCUACCCACACGUAUGCAUUAUUGUGUAUAGUAAAUAAGCCCUUAGCAAUGUGUGUGUGUGUACAUGUGGAUGAUAGGUAACGUGUUUCUCUUAUGCAGUGACAGGUCCUUCCUUACUAGUGCUUCUGCUGACUCCCCCUAGAUGCAGAAGCACCUGCCUGGUCUCCCACAGGUGAGGGAGGCUUGCUGGGCCACUUGCUCAGCCCGUGUGCCUGGAAGAUGUAAAUGGAGGCCACAUCUAGAUGCCUGGGUGCCUUGGAGACAGUCUGAUUGGAUUGUUGGGGGAGGCAGGAGCACGGAGCAUGGUGAGGGAGCACUGAGCUUGGUGAGAGAGCAGCUAGUUCAAUGCAGACUGCCCGUUCCCCGGUGUGGGGUGAAAGCCCUGCUGUGUACCGAGGUCGGUGGGAGUGUGUUCUGAGGUAGCUGAGAAGUAACACUGUGGUUCUCAGAUUUAAUGGCCCUCCACUUUCCGUGGCACAGAUUACUUCAGAUGUGGCCUCGUGACUUCUUGGGCCGCCAAGAAGUGGCAGGAAGGCAGCAGGCCAGCUUCAGGAAGGGAUUUUUUUCUCCUACAAGGAUAGAAAAGGACCAAGCACUUACUGUGUGGUUAGUUUUGUUCCACGGAGAAUGGGCAGUUUUUGUUGUGGUCUUCUUUGUAUUUGUGUAAGAUCUUAAUGCCUAAGCCUGGGGCAGACAUCCUAGCCCUUGGCAGGAAAGAAAGAAGAUAGGUUAAGAUAAGAGUCAACUCACUCUUGUGCUUGGUCACUCAAAAAGCUGUGUUUUUUGAGGUGUCUUUUCCUUUGCAUAAGCCAGAGACGAAUCCUGCUCCUCUGAUGGGAGAGCCUCAGCCUUAGGAGUGGGCAUCUGGGGUGGUCCGUUCUGUGCACUGCGAGAUGUUUGUUAACCUCCUGGCCUCUUGUCCACUACAUGCCAGCAUACCCUCUCCCCUCCUCCACCCCCAAAUAGAAAAAGUCAUAAAUGUCUCCAGAGAUCCCUGAAUGUCCCCUGAGGGGCAGCAUUGCCCUAGAAUUUUGACUUUAUAAGUUACAUUGUGUUUUCUUUAUUUAGGAUUUCAUGGUUGGAUAGUCUGUGCCCAUACAGCCAAGUGUAUCCAACCAAGCCUAUCUGUUCCCCUUACCCAAGCGGAGCCUGGGCCUGUGCAGACAUAUUUGACAGUUGGCAGUAAACGUGUCUGUGUGUCCCUCAAAGCUGCAGAGGGAGGCUAAGGGUAGAGCUGAGUUUGCCUGGCCAGGUUCGGCUCCCCCACUACCCCCCCCCCAACCCCUACCCACGUGCUACCAAAAGGAAAAGGAAGGAGUGAGGUUUGUUUAGACUGUAGCUCAGGGGCAGAGCCUUUGCCUAGAAUGUCAGAGGUCCUGGGUUCACACCUCCAAAUAAAAAAUUAAAACAAGUAAGUCUUCCUGUGACUCUAGAAAAUAGAAAGGUACAGAAUGCCAGUCUGCAUUAAGUUGCAGCUGGCUGGCAGCCCGGUAGGCUGGCUGGGCCAGGGCUUUUCCUGAGCUACCGCAGAGGCCGAGCACAGAGCCCUGUUGUGUUUCUGGGGAUCCAUGUUAUUCCAGCGCCCCGUAUGCCAACCACAGUGUCUUGCUCUUUGUCCCGAAUGUCUCCUUUGCUCUGCAUAGAGCAAGCCAGGCUCGCAUAACGUCAUCAUCCUCCGCAGCGCGCGCUGGUACUGCCUCUUCCCACCCAGCCUCCAAGAGCUCUUCUUUAACAGACUCCUGACCCCGUGCAGACCGCUUGUUUCUGAUCCAGGAAAGCAAACAUCCGAGAGAAGGAAGACCAGGGUAGGAUCAAACCAGACCAAAGCUGAUGAAACCAAGUCCCCCAUGUGUCCAUGAGAGCUGUAACCUUCAGUCCAGCCUGGGACUCUCAGUUACAUCCUUUGACAUUCUUGCCCCGCCUGAUGUGCGGCUGCGGAGAUCUCUGGACGGUAGUGUGGGGGAAGAGCUGACACUCAGUCCCACUGGCAGUGCCAGCUGUGUUCUCCUGUGUGACUUCCAGAGAACACUGUGGCUCUCCAGAGCAACCUGAAGUAUUCCCUCCUACCACGGCGGCUCAUCAUCAGCAAGAGGCUAGCUCAGUGCUUGCAUCCUGCCCUGCCCAGUGGCGUUCACCUAAAAGCCCUAGAAACCUACGAGAUCAUCUUCAAGAUUGUGGGAACCAAAUGGCUGGCCAAGGACUUGUUCUUGUACAGCUGUGGCUUAUUCCCCCUACUGGCCUAUGCCGCCAUGUCGGUCCGGCCCGUGCUGCUUGGCCUGUAUGAGAAGUACUUCCUCCCGCUGCAGAAGCUGCUCCUGCCCAGUCUUCAGGCCUUCCUUGUGGGUCUGCUGCCCGGCCUGGAAGAAGGCUCUGAGAUCUAUGAAAGAACUGACGCCCUGCUCCUGAGACUGUCUGUGGUUGUGGGGCGAGAGGUGUUCUAUGCUGCCCUGUGGGGCAGCGUUCUGACAAGCCCUUCCAUCCGCCUCCCUGCCUCCUUAUUUGUGGUGAACCACAUCAGCAGGGACUCACCAGGCAAGGAGCAGAAGUGCAUGCUGGGUACUGAUUACCAGCUCACGGUGAGAUCCCUGUGUGCUUCACUGCUAGACGCCAAUGUUCUUGUGCAAAGAAAUAACCUGGAGAUCAUCCUGUUUUUCUUCCCGUUUUAUACCUGCCUGGUGAGUCGUGUGUGCCCUUCUGGACACUUCCCUGUCACUUCAAAGGCAAAGGCAGGUGCUGGUGUCACGGAGACUGCUCAGCCACUUGGCAGUCUCUGCUCGCCUCAGACCAUCAAUGGCCUUUUCUCGUUUUGUGGGCAUCAUGUGACUUCUCCUGGGAAGAGGACCCUGAGGAGCGAGCCAUCCCUCUUCUCAGACGGGAUGUUGUGCACAUCCUCUCAGCUGCCACCCAGACACUCCUGAGAAGGGACAUGUCUCUCAACAGAAGACUCUACGCCUGGUUACUAGGUUCAGACAUUAAAGGAAAUACCAUUGUGCCAAAAUCUGAAAUUUCAAAUUCUUACGAAGACCAAUGCUCAUACUUUUUUGAUAAAUACUCCAAGGAUCUUUUAGUUGAGGCUCUGGCUGAGAUACUGCACCAGAAGUUCUUAGACGCUGACUUAGAGGAGCGCCACCAUGCAUAUCUGAAGCCUUUCCGAAUCCUUGUCAGUCUGCUGGACAAGCCGGAAAUAGGACCUCAAGUGGUUGAGAAUUUAUUUCUGGAAGUCAUCAGGGCCUUUUAUUCUUACUGCCACGAUGUCCUCGGCUCUGACCUUAAGCUUAGCUACACUCAGAGUGGGAAUCCACUAAUAAGCACAAUCAAAGAAAACAGACACGCCUCAGAGAUUGUGAAGACGGUCAACUUGCUAGUCUCAUCGCUCAGCUCAGACUUCCUGUGGGAUUACAUGGCACGGCGUUUCGAGGCAUGCUUCAGACCAGUGACACAAACCACGGCUAUUGGAGAAGCCAUCAGCCCUCCCCCCACCGUCUCGGAGCUCUGCACCCUCCUGGUGUUCCUCCUGGAUGUAAUUCCCUUGGAACUCUACUCUGAGGUGCAGACUCAGUACCUCCCACAGGUGCUUGGCUGCCUGCUGCAGCCUCUUGCCGAGGAGGUGGAGGCCCUGAGCUUACCUGAGCUCACACACGCCUUGAAGACAUGUUUCAAGGUGCUUAGCAAAGUCCAGAUGCCGCCCUCCUACCUAGAUCUGGAGCCCAGCAGCGGGAACUCGAGUCCAGUAAAAGGAAGAAACAGUGGCAUCGCUAUGGAAACGGAGGCCGUGGUGGCGGGUGAUGAGGAACCUUCCUUUCCUCCACUGAAGUCUGAAGACAGUGGGAUUGGGCUCAGCGCCUCGUCGCCAGAGCUCUCUGAGCACCUCAGGGUGCCUCGGGUGUCUGCGGAAAGAGACGACAUCUGGAAGAAAGACGGGACCAUGCAGGCGACAUUUCUCUGCAUCCAGGAGCUCAUUGCAAACUUUGCCAGCAAGAACAUCUUUGCAGCGUCGCUGACUGUGUCUGGGGAGGAAAACAAGCCCGAGGAGCCCCCAGGGAAGGGCAACAAGGGCCAGACACAGAGCACCGAGCACCCUGGCAGGAAGAGCUCCUGGGACCCUAAGCCCAUCACCGUGCCCCAGUUUAAACAGAUGCUUUCGGACUUGUUCACGGUUCGAGGGUCUCCCUUUAAGACAAGAAGCUCAGAGUCGCUGUCGUCUGUGCCCAGCAGCCCACACAGGAAGGCAGCAACCGAAUGGGGUGUUGACCAGGUGGUCGUUGAGUUGGUGGGCUCCAAGGAAGACUGCAGGGAGGCCUUGGCUGCCGCCUGCCACCUGCUGCUGGACUGUGCCACCUUCCCUGUGUAUCUGUCUGAGGAGGAGACUGAGCAGCUAUGUGAGACGCUCUUCCAGACUCCAGGAGCCAGCGAUUGCAGUUUUCCUCCGUGGCUGAAAUCCCUCAUGACAAUUUGCUGCUGUGUGAGCGACUGCUCCCUCCAGAACAUAGCCAUCGCCACACUGCUGGAAGUGAUAAACCACUCCCAGUCCCUCGCUCUUGUCAUCGAAGACAAGAUGAAGCGCUACAAAACCUCUGGGAACAACCCUUUUUUUGGCAAGUUACAGAUGGUGACAGUCCCUCCCAUUGCUCCUGGGAUACUGAAAGUCAUUGCCGAGAAAACAGACUUCUAUCAGAGGGUGGCUCGUGUGCUCUGGAACCAGCUGAACAAGGAGACCCGUGAACAUCACAUCACCUGUGUAGAGCUGUUCUACCGCCUGCACUGCCUGGCCCCGACUGCCAACAUCUGUGAGGAUAUCAUCUGCCAUGCCCUCCUGGACCCUGACAAGGGAACAAGGUUGGAAGCUCUGUUUAGGUUUUCUGUGAUCUGGCACCUGACACGAGAAAUCCAAGGUAGUCGUGUGACGUCCCACAAUCGCUCCUUUGACAGGUCCUUGUUUGUCGUCCUGGAUAGCCUGGCUUGCACAGACGGUGCUAUCAGUGCAGCAGCCCAGGGCUGGCUGGUGCGAGCGCUCUCCCUCGGGGAUGUGGCCCGCAUCCUCGAACCCAUGCUCCUGCUGUUGCUCCAGCCCAAAACCCAGAGGACGUCCAUCCAGUGUCUCAAGCAGGAGAACUCAGCCGAGGAUUUACACCGUUGGUUUAACAGGAAGAAGCCCACGUGCAAAGAGGCGUGUGGUGAAUCUGAGCCGCAGGAGGGUGCCCCUGAGGAACGCCUGCCUCGAGGACAGUUCACCACCGUGGAUCGAGAAGCCAUCUGGGCUGAAGUAGAGAAGGAACCAGAGAAAUGCCCACCAAGAAGUGAUCUAAGUGAGGAAGACCUGCCCUACUAUGUGGACCUUCCAGACAGGAUGACCUCUGGUGGCGGGGAUAGCAGUGAGCACACAGAGUCUGCAGACACGAGCUCUGGCCACACUGACAGUGAGAACACAUCCACUUUCUCAUCUCCCUCCCACGAUCUGCAGGACCUGAGCCACGAGGAAAACUGCUGUGCUCCGAUCCCCAUCGGGGGCAGGGCAUACUCCAAGCGAGCGGCCUUGCUGGCAGCCUUCCAGCCAGAAAGCCCCAGGUCCAAUGCCAGGUUAAGCCUGGUGCGAGCAGACUCAGACAAGACACAGGCUUCCGAGUCGUUUUCCAGUGACGAGGAGGCUGACGUGGAGCUCCAAGCCAUCACCACAUCGAGGCUGUUGAAGCAGCAGAGGGAGAAGCAGGAGACAGUCGAGGCCUUGUUCAAACACAUCUUGCUCUACCUGCAGCCCUACGACUCCCAGAGGGUCCUGUAUGCCUUCUCCGUACUGGAGGCCGUGCUUAAGACCAAUCCCAAGGAGUUCAUUGAGGCUGUGUCCAGGACGGGCAUAGACACCAGCUCCACCGCGCACCUCAACCUCAUCUCCAACCUCCUGGCACGCCACCAGGAGGCCCUCAUCGGCCAGAGCUUUUAUGGCAAGCUGCAGACCCAGGCCCCCAAUGUCUGCCCCCACUCCCUGCUCAUUGAACUCCUUACCUACCUCUGCCUGAGCUUCCUCCGCUCCUACUACCCCUGCUACCUGAAGGUCUGCCACAGGGACAUCCUUGGCAACCGCGACGUGCAGGUCAAGAGCGUGGAGGUCCUCAUUAGGAUUACAGCACAGCUGGUCUCCAUGGCCAAGUCGGCGGAAGGGAAGAACACGGAGUUCAUCCACAGCCUGCUGCAGAGGUGCAAGGUCCAGGAGUUCGUCCUGCUCUCGCUGUCCGCGUCCAUGUACACCAGCCAGAAGCGCUACGGCCUGGCCACCGCCGACCGGGGCGGCAGGCUCCUCGCGGAGGACAGCCUCUUUGAGGAGAGCCUCAUCAAUCUGGGGCAGGACCAGAUCUGGAGCGAGCACCCACUGCAGAUCGAGCUGCUCAAGCUGCUGCAGGCCCUCAUCGUCCUGGAGCACCACCUGGGCCAGGGCCAGGAGGAGGCGGAGACUCAGCCGGCCCUAUCCCGAGAGUGGCAGAGGGCUCUCAACUUCCAGCAGGCCAUCGGUGCCAUGCAGUACGUGCAGCCCCACCCCCUCACCUCCCAGGGCCUUCUGGUCUCAGCUGUGGUGAGAGGGCUGCAGCCCGCCUAUGGCUACGGCAUGCACCCCGCCUGGGUGAGCCUGGUCACGCAUUCCUUGCCAUACUUUGGAAAGUCUCUGGGCUGGACAGUGACACCCUUUGUUAUCCAGAUUUGCAAAAAUUUGGACGAUCUGGUCAAGCAAUAUGAAAGUGAAUCUGUCAAGUUCACCAUCAGUACAACCUCAAAGAAGGAAAACAUUUCUCCUGACUACCCGCUCACUCUUCUGGAAGGUCUUACGACCAUUAGCCAUUUUUGUCUUUUGGAACAGCCUACCCAACAUAAAAAGACUGCUGCCGUAAGCGAUCCCAUCAACCUGAGAAAUGCCAAGAACGCCAUUUUGGAAGAGCUACCUCGAAUAGUGAACACCAUGGCCCUUAUCUGGAAUGUUCUCAGAAAGGAGGAAACUCAGAAGAGACCAGUGGAUCUCCUGGGAGCCACCAAAGGGUCAUCCUCUGUUUACUUUAAAACCACCAAGACCAUCAGACAAAAAAUUUUAGACUUGCUGAACCCCUUGACAGGCCAUCUUGGGGUCCAGCUGAUAGCUGCGGUUGCCACCGUGUGGAACAGAAAGCAGGCACGGCGCCACAGCAAGACCAAGAUGGUCCCCGUGGCAAACACGUCCCAGCACACCCUUGUCGACCUGGUCUGUGCUCUCAGCACCCUGCAGACAGACUCAGUGCUGCAGCUGGUGAAGGAGGUGGUGAAGAGGCCAGCGCAGAUCAAAGGGGAUGAGGGCCACUCAGCCCAUGGUAGCAGCAGGAGCAUGUAUGGAGACUGUUCAUGUCACAGCAGACCAGGAAGAGACCAGAAGUCUCCCCUGGUGGACAUUCCUGUGUUGCAGUUCUGCUAUGCUUUCAUCCAAAGAGGAGGAGCCACCAAGGUGGAACAAGAGGCAGGAAGACUGUCCAUACCAGACCUGCAGGAGGCCUUCCCUUCCCUCCUGGGCGUCCUGAAGGAGGCUGCGCAGCUGAACCUGGCUCCCCCUGGAUACUUUCUGCUUCUCAGCAUGUUGAAUGACUUUGUGACAAGAACACCCAACCUGGAAAGCAAGAAGGACCAAAAAGACCUGCAGGAAAUCACUCAGAGAAUCCUGGAAGCUGUAGGUACCAUCGCUGGCUCCUCCUUGGAACAAACAAGCUGGCUCAGCAGAAAUCUGGAGGUGAAAGCCCAACCUCAGGUCUCUCUGGAAGAGUCAGAUGCCGAGGACGACGUGCACACAGGUGCUGCUGAAGCCUCCACCAUGGUAUCUGCUUCUGCCCCCUCCGUUUACAGUGUGCAAGCGCUCUCUCUCUUGGCAGAGGUUCUGGCUUCUCUCCUGGACAUGGUUUACCGCAGCGACGAGAAAGAGAAAGCUGUACCACUAAUCUCCCGCUUGCUAUACUACGUGUUUCCUUACCUGCGCAAUCACAGUGCGUACAAUGCUCCCAGCUUCCGAGCCGGCGCCCAGCUGCUGAGCUCCCUGAGUGGCUAUGCCUACACCAAGCGGGCGUGGAAGAAGGAAGUGCUGGAGCUGUUCUUGGACCCCGCUUUCUUUCAGAUGGAUACGUCUUGCGUCCACUGGAAGUCCGUCAUUGACCAUCUCCUGACUCACGAGAAAACCAUGUUUAAGGAUUUAAUGAACAUGCAGAGCAGUUCCUUAAAACUCUUCUCCAGCUUUGAGCAGAAGGCCAUGCUGCUGAAGCGCCAGGCUUUUGCCGUCUUCAGUGGCGAGCUUGACCAGUACCACCUCUACCUUCCCCUGAUACAAGAGCGCCUGACAGACAACCUCAGAGUCGGACAGACGUCCAUAGUUGCUGGUCAGAUGUUUCUUUUUUUCAGAGUUCUGCUGCUAAGAAUCUCUCCCCAGCACCUGACCUCGCUGUGGCCCAUCAUGGUGUCUGAAUUGAUCCAGACAUUCAUACAACUUGAGGAAGAUCUGAAAGAGGAAGAUGAAUCAAGAAACAGCCACAAAAGCAACAGAAUAAAAGCCCCAGUUGCUGAUGGCAAUGGGUCUGCAGGCAGGGUGUUGUCCCCCAGCGAUCUCACCAUGUACCUCUCUGCCUGCAAGUUCCUGGACACAGCACUUGCCUUCCCUCCAGACAAGAUGCCCUUGUUUCAGAUUUACAGAUGGGCAUUUGUUCCAGAAGUGGACACUGAGCACCCAGCCUUCCUGUCAGAACUGGAAGAGAAUCACCAAGAAUGCAGGCCUCACACUGUCAGGAUUCUAGAACUUCUGAGGUCAAGAUACGGGGAAAUCGGCAGCUCCGACGAGAUCACCAGGAAGAAAGAGUUUCCUCUUUUGCGCCAACAUUCAGUUUCCUGCAUCAGGCAGUUGAUACCAUUCUUCACCACGUUAAACUGUGCUUUCAAAACCCAAAGCCAGCUGCCUGCUGAUGUGCCAGGAACCGCAGCGCCAGAGUGCCCUGUCACAGAGAACCCGAGGGUCCUGCGGCAGCUGGAGGAGUGUGUGGAGCAGGACUUUCUGGAGCAUCCGGAGUGUUAGCGCCUAGGAGGGCUUCUUCAUUCUUCUCCCCACCCCUGGCCAGGACAGCUGUGUGCUGUAAAGAAGAGGGGACUGGGGGAUUUGAACCAACCCUGCCACAGUCCUGAAGUGCUGUUCAGGUAUUUUCUGUUCAGCGGCCAAACAUGUCUCCCUUAAAGGCCUUGUAAUAUAUUCCAGUCCCAGUUUGUAUUCUUCCUCAGUUUAUGUAAUGGAAAUAAAAUUAACAUAUCAUC